AUGCAACAGGCACGAGGAUACAGUACUAAGGAUGAUGCUACAGAUCCAGAUGGGUGGAGCACUUCGGCAUCAGUGGAAGACCGGCGGUCAGUGUUUGUGGGUCGAGCAGCAGCUGCUGGGUCCGCUAGCGAAGCCCAAGCCAAGGUUCUUCGGUUAAUUGAUCGAGACAAACGAAUGCGCAAGGCGACUCAUCAGAUCAUUGCCUGGCGGGUCAAUUCUGGGGGUACUUUGAGUAGUAGUAGUAGUAGCAGUAGCAGUAGUGGUAGUGGUAGUGGUAGUGGUAGUGGUAGUGGUAGUGGUAGUGGUAGUGGUAGUUUUAAUAGUAACAGUGAUAGUUCCAAUAAACACAAUAAAGCAGCAAAGUUUGCACCUGCAGGACAUGGAACUUCACCAUCGAGCGGGACUAUCGAAGAACACUACGAUAACGGAGGAGAACCACCGGCAGGAGAACGCGUGCUGGGCAUGCUAAGGGGGAUGGGCUUAGUUGGGGUUGUUGUUGUUGUGACCCGGUGGUACGGCGGGGUGAAGCUGGGCGGGGACCGGUUCAGACACGUUACUGCGGCUGCUCAGCAGGCUCUGGAGGCCGGUGGGUUUUUCACCAAAGCCAAAGGCAAAAAGAAAUAA